AUGACUACCAGAUCACUCGGCCCUCUACCUGCCAACCUCUGCGCCCACCUCCAAAACACCUCACGGGGCUUCCAAGCCAAGACUUCCGUGCCAUUCUCAACAUCCUCCUUAGCCAUAUCUUCCAUCCUCUUGCGCUCAGGUCUGAUAUCCAACGUAUCGCUAGGAUCACCCGCAGGUCCAGAUCCGUCGGCAUUCCAGUCAUUACCCAUACCAGCUAGGAAAUUGUGGAUAGGUCUGAAACAUCGAAAUGGUCAACCUGUAUUACGUAGGAUGGGAUUAGUAUCAAAACCUUCAUUCAGGGUAGUGGUCAGCCGAGAUGAAUUGGGUAGAUUGUUAGUGGGUAAGAGAGCUAGGAACGUAGCGGGCGUAGGGAUGGGGGAAAUCUUGAUUGUAAGGACGGAAGAAGAUGCGAAAGCCGGUAGGACAGGGACAAAUAGGUAUUUGGAAGGAUGGGAAGCAUGGAGAGCUGGUUUAGGAGGUGAAGUCAUAUGCAGAGUGGGAUAG